AUGUCGCGUAUUAUAAACUUUUUUGUACUCUGCUGUCUUCUCGAAAAUGUUUUCUCAUUAUCUAUUAGACAGAAUGACAGUGAUGUAGUUAAAGUAGAAGAGUACAUAACGAGUAAAAAGCCAGAAAUUAAUACACGGUAUCGGUUACACUAUCAUCUGUCGCCGCCAGUAGGAUGGAUGAAUGAUCCAAAUGGAUUCUCCUUUUUCAAGGGUGAAUUCCAUAUGUUCUACCAGUUCUACCCUUAUGACAGCGUGUGGGGUCCAAUGCAUUGGGGUCAUUUCUCUAGUCCUGAUCUGGUACAUUGGAAUCGCCUCCCCACGGCGUUGGUUCCUGGACAGGAAAUGUGUUUUUCCGGCAGCGCUGUGGCCGACGGCGACACCCUUACUCUUAUUUACACAGGACGUGAGGUUACUGAUGAAGAUCCUUUCUUUAAAGAAGGUCAAUAUUUAGCAUUUAGUGACGACGGUGUAACUUUUCACAAAUAUAAGGGAAAUCCCGUCUUGACUUCAAGUGAGUCUCCAGAUUUUCGGGACCCUAAAGUGUGGAAACAUGGAGACUAUUGGUACAUGGUUAUUGGAACAAAGACUGAAGAGGAAAAUGGUAAGGUUGUACUUUAUUCAUCUGAAGACUUGAAGAGCUGGACGUUUUUAUCUGUGAUUGGACAAUCGAAUGGCGAAAUGGGAUACAUGUGGGAGUGUCCAGAUUUCUUCGAACUGAAUGGAAAACAUGUACUAUUGAUGUCCCCUCAAGGUUUAAAAGCCCAAGGAGAUCGUUACAAAAAUACCCACCAGACUGGGUAUAUCAUUGGUAGUUUUAAUUAUGAGACAUAUGAAUUUAUUCCAGAAAUCGAUUUCCAGGAAAUUGAUUUUGGUCAUGAUUUUUAUGCCAGUCAAACGACGGAGCAUAAUGGUAAAAGGUAUUUAGUUGCCUGGUUUAGUAUGUGGGAGGUUGAACAUCCCGAAGAUGUAGAUGGUUGGGCUGGUGCUUUGACUAUUAUUAGAGAAUUAAAUUUAAUUGGUAAUCGAAUCACAAUGAAACCAGUAGACGAAAUAACAUCACUAAGAGAAGAACCUGUAAGUAAUGAGAUUUUCCAAAUCGGUGAAGUAAGAAACUUACCCGAAGCGUCUGAAUUGAUUAUAGAAGGUGAGUUAGACUCACAGAUUGAAUUGCUAUUUGAGGGUUCUGAGGGGGGUGGUAAGGUUUGGCUUCGCUGGAAUCCAGAAGAUGGAAAAGUCAGUGUCGACAGAGGUUCUGAAGAUAUAAGACAGGUGGAAUGGGUACCGAUAGAAUCUAAAAGUUGGCGAAUUUUCUUAGACGCUAGCAGCCUGGAGUUAUUCUGCGGGGAAGGAGAAGUAGUAUUUAGUACUAGAGUUUACCCAGACGGUGAAUGGAGACUUACCAAUUUGAGCCCUCAACCUUUAUCCAUAGAAGCAUAUCGUUUAAAGAGAAGUGUACCUGAAUAA